AUGAAUUCUGAUAAUGGUAAUAUGAACAACCUAGAGAAUAUUCAGAAUAUCAAUCGAUCUGAUGGGACGGAACCGUCUCAAAAUCAUAUUGAUGGUAUAAAUAGUAAUCAGAGGAAGAAUGAAGGUAAUAAUAGCAAUGGUAACUUAAAUAAUAAAGACCUACAGUAUCCUGUUUUCCAAAAUAUUGAACCCAAUACUAGUUAUACGAGGACAAGAAUAAGUGAAGAAGAUGAACGAUUCUUCAAAUUGGCUAAAGAAGCUUUAGUUCACACAGCUAAUGUAACACAAAAAAAUGUUGAUCCCACAUUAAAUGAUUUAUUCAAAAGAUUACAAUAUGUUUCUUCACCUCAUGGGAACCCUAUAAAAAGUGGAGAGAAUAUUAAAGUUAAUGAUAAUGGUCAGUUAAUGAUUCAUGAAUUCUAUGAUAAUUUCCCUAAUUUUAAUAAUAAUGUCUUUGAAAGAUCAAAUGGAUUAAUAGGAGAGAAUCCUUUAAAGAAUUUAGGUAUAGCUCCUCAACCUAAUGAUAGUUCAAACAAGAUCCCUGAAAACAUUUCAAACUUCCCUAAUGUAAAUAAUCUUCCGAAUAAUCUUCAAAAUCCAAAUCUUAAUGAUUUACCAAAUUUUAAUAGACCUAUGCAAUUAGAUUUUAAUAAGAAUGAAGAAGAAAGAAAAUAUGAAUGUCUCAAAUGUUCGAUGAAUUUCAAAAGAUCAAGUGAUUUGAAACGUCAUGAAAAGCAACAUUUAUCGAUUCCUCCAAAUAUUUGUGAAUUCUGUGGUAAAGGAUUUGCUAGGAAAGAUGCAUUGAAAAGACAUGUUGGAACAGCUACUUGUAAAAGGAAUGCUGAAAAAAAGUUAUACAUUGAUAAUUUAGAAUUUUUAAAAUAA